GGAAGAAGCAAAAGUAACUAUUUUGGAAACUGUUGUAGCUGCAACUGGUAUAAAUCGUUGGAUAAUAAGUCUUAAUACUAACCUAGAAAUAGAAAUUGAAGUCUCUGCGGGCCUCAGUGAACCAGAAACUAAUAUUUUAAGUGAAAGCGAAAAAGAAGAGGAAGAAGUAAAUGUCAAUAACAAUAAUGAACUUUUGUGA